AUGAUAAACGGUGUCGAUUUCUCGAAGCCCAUCUCAUCUGAAACCGUAAAUGAUAUCAAGGAGGCAAUUUCGAAGUAUGGCGUUCUCGUCUUUCCAGCAACUGGACUCGAUGACGACAGUCACGUUGCCUUUGCUCGUCACUUCGGAGAGCUUGAGCGACGGAAAGAAACCGGAGCGCAAUCACGGUUGCAGUUACCUGAGUUGACAGACCAAGGCAACAUUGACGCCAACGGAAACAUCAUCGGUCCUACUGAUCCGAGGGCGCAAAUCAGCAAGGGAAACACACUAUUUCAUGUGGACAGCAGUUUCAACGCGCAACGAGCAACCUACUCCAUUCUCUUAGCCCACGAGAUUCCCCCGGAAGGGGCUGGCGGCAACACCGAUUUCGCCGAUACACGCACGGCUUGGGAUGAUCUCUCUGACAACUGGAAACGAGAGCUCAUACGUAGCAACUACAUCUCGAACCAUUCCUUCUGGCAUUCUCGCAAGAAGGCGUGUCCAGAGUUCUUCGCUAAGCUCAAACCCGGGACUCAUCCCAUGAGCAAGCAUAAGGUCGCCCAGCUUCACGAGCCCAGUGGACGUAUGAAUCUCUUCGUGCCGUCACACUGUCAUCAUAUCGAUGGUCUUCCCGAAGAUGAAGGUAGAAAAAAGUUGGAAUACCUGUACGACCACGCAACACAAGACAAGUAUGUGGUUUCCGUUCCUUGGACACAGGUGGGCGACCUGGUGAUGUGGGAUAACACUUGCACACUGCACCGGGGUACGCCAGUGGUCGGAAGUCACAAAAGAGACAUGAGAAGAGCGACAGUGCUUGACGGCGGAGUGGAAGGAUGGGGUCUGAAUGAGAAGGUCGAGAGGGACUUUGCAUUUGCUCCCGAGGUGAUGGCGGAUGUCUUCCGCUCCCUAUCAGGAUAG